AUGGCGACCGUGAACCAGGUCGUCGAGCGCGGAUGCUCCAUGCUCGUGCACUUCGACCGAGCGACGAGCGCGGCGGAGCUGCGAGAGGCGUUGGAGACGGGCACGCCCGAGGAGAAGGCGGACGCCAUGCGUAAGGUGAUCUCACUCCUGUUGGGAGGGGAGUCGAUGCCGCAAAUGUUCAUCACGAUCGUGCGAUACGUCCUGCCGAGCGACGAUCACACGGUGCAGAAGCUGUUGUUGCUGUACAUGGAGAUGAUCGAGAAGUGCGGGCCGGAUGGGAAGAUCUUACCGGAGAUGAUCUUGCUGUGUCAAAACUUGCGAAACAACUUGCAGCAUCCGAACGAGUUCUUACGCGGGUGCACGUUGAGAUUUUUGUGCAGGAUCACCGAACACGAUUUACUCGAGCCGUUGAUCCCUUCCAUAGUGCAGAACCUCGAGCACAGGCAUCCGUACGUGCGGAGGAACGCGGUGAUGGCGAUCAAUAAAAUUUAUGCCCUACCAGAGGGCGAGCACUUGAUCCCAGACGCGCCGGAGAUCAUCGAAUCUUUUCUGAUGAGCGGGGAGAACGAUCUCGGGACGAAGAGAAACGCGUUCUUGAUGUUAUACACGCACGCUCAGGAUCGCGCGGUGAACUAUUUGAUGAGCAACCUGGAGACAGUGUCCUCUUGGGGGGACAUCAUGCAGACGGUGGUGUUGGACCUGAUUCGCAAGGUUUGUCGCUCGGAUCCCACGCAAAAGGGCAAGUACAUCAAGAUCAUCCUGAUGUUGCUCGGUACGAACAACGCGUCGGUCGUGUACGAGUGUGCGAACACGCUCGUGGCGCUUUCGAACGCGCCGACCGCGAUCAAGGCGGCGGCGAACUGCUACUGCCAGUUGCUCGUGAGCCAGAGCGAUAACAACGUCAAGCUCAUCGUGCUUGAUCGCUUGAUCGGUCUUAAGAAAUCUUACAGAGAGAUGCUCCAAGGGAUGGUGAUGGACAUCUUGCGGGCGGUUUCGUCGCCGAAUAUCGACAUCAAGCGCAAGACGAUCGACUUGGUGCUAGACUUGAUCACUCCUCGAAACAUCGACGACGUAACAAGCAUGUUGAAGACGGAGGUCAUCAAGUCCCAAGGUGAAAGCACGCCGGAGACAGGAGAGUACCGACAAAUGCUUGUGCAGGCGAUUCAUAAGUGCGCGCUCAAAUUCCCGGAGGUUUCGGGCUCGGUCAUUUACUUGCUGAUGGAUUUCUUGAGCGAUGCCAACAGCGCGAGCUCUGCGGAUGUUGCAUACUUUGUGCGCGAAAUCGCGUUCACGAACAAAGCACUGCGACCUGGAAUCAUCGAGCAUUUGCUCGACCUGUUCUCCACGAUUCGUAGCAGUCGAGUGUGCGCGACGACACUUUGGAUCAUCGGGGAGUUUACCAAGUCUGAACAGGAAGUGGACGCGGCUCUCGAAGUCAUUCGCAUGAGCAUGGGCCCGGCGCCCCUCGUUGAGGUCACCGCCAAGGAUGCUGAAGCCGAUGGUGACGACGUGGUUGAACCAGUAGCUCGCCCCACAGUGUUGGCGGAUGGUACAUACGCGACUCAAGCGGCUUUCACGGCGUCGAAGGCGAUUCCAGUUCUCCCGAACUUGCGAGAGUUGUUGCUCAAGGGUGACUUCUUCUUGGCGUCCGUCAUAGCCAGCACGCUCACCAAGAUCGCUCUGCGCGCGAUGACUUUUGACACGGUUCCUCAAAAGAGAAAGAACGCCAUCCAAGCCGAGUGCAUGUUGUACAUUGUUUCUAUGUUGCGUCUCGGUACCAGUGACACGUUGGCGCUUGAGAUAGACCAAGACUCCAAGGCUCGCCUCGAGUUGUGCUUCCACGUCAUUAGCCAACCAGACGAGGCGGACAGGGAAGUCUGGCUCCAAUCGUGCGGUGAGGCUUUCGCCGUCAUGAUUGAGGAUAAGCUCCGACGCGAGGAGCGUGCGAGUCAAAACCAAGACUCCGUCCCAGCCUCGCAGGCUGAUGACUUGAUCGAUUUCCAUCACCUCAAGUCUCGCAAGGGUAUGUCGCAGCUUGAGAUUGAAGAUGCCGUCGCGACGGAUCUGGCGCGCGCCACGGGUUUCAUGGAUUCUGUGAAGAAGGACGGCCGAAGCCUGGAUCGUGUGAUGCAGCUGACCGGCUUAAGCGACGUCGUCUACGCGGAGACUUAUGUCACCGUGCACCAGUACGACAUUACACUGGAUGUCACGAUGACAAACCGCACGGAUGAGCCGUUAGCAAACGUAAUGCUCGAACUCUCAACCAUGGGCGAUUUAAAGCUGGUUGAACGUCCGCAAGCGUUUUCGUUGGCUCCGUUUGCGACACAUAACCUUCGCGCAAGCAUCAAGGUGAGCUCAACGGAGACUGGCGUCAUCUUUGGGAACAUCGUGUACGAAAGCGCACGCUCUGAUCGUAACGUCAUCGUCUUGAACGACGUGCACAUCGACAUCAUGGACUACAUCAUUCCAGCGACGUGCAGCGACAGUGCUUUCAGAAGCAUGUGGGCGGAGUUUGAGUGGGAAAACAAGGUGGCGGUGAACACGAACAUCAACAACGUUCGCGACUACUUGGAUCACAUCGUGACUAGCACGAAGAUGAAGUGUCUCACACCUCCGAGUGCGCUUGAUGGUGAUUGUGGCUUCCUUGCCGCCAACUUGUACGCCAAGUCUGUAUUCGGCGAGGAUGCCCUCGUGAACAUUUCCAUCGAGAGCACGGAUGCCGGAGAAGUCAGCGGUUUCAUUCGCAUUCGCUCAAAGACGCAAGGCAUCGCGUUGUCACUGGGGGACAAGAUCACCGCAAAGCAAAUGAUCAAUGCUUAG